AGAUAAAAAUAUACGACGAACAAAAAAUAAUAAAAUAAUAAAUAUUAUCCUUCAAUUAUAUCAACUCACUUUACAAUAAGUGACAGAAGCCAGAGUGUUUUGAUUUUUUUAUCCUUGAAUGAAUAACCAUUAAAAUUUUAAUAUUAUUUUAAUGAAAAUUGUAUUGUUAAUAAAUACACUAAAAUAUUGUUGUGAAUAAUAAACAGCUGGACAUUUUUUUUAUUAUUUAUUUACUGUGUACUCUCAACGAAUGGACCAAUUUAUAUUUUUGCCAAUCAUUGAAUGAUUUAUAAAUUUUUAAUUCUUGUAUUUAUUAAUUUUUUUUAACAAAGAGACAUCAUGAGCUUUAUGGAAAAACAAGAAGGUGGUUCCAAAGACAAGUGGGUCACUGAUAUUGGAUCUCAUGUACAAAGAGUGUCGAUGAAUAAUCUCAUCAUGAAUUAUCUAGUAACAGAGGGUUUUAAAGAAGCAGCUGAAAAAUUUCAACAAGAAUCUGGUGUUGGACCAACUGUCGAAUUAAAUUCAAUGGAUGAUAGAAUUCGUAUAAGAGACGCUGUACAAAAUGGCAGAAUUCAAGAGGCAACUGAUUUAGUUAAUCAAUUACAUCCAGAACUACUUGAUAAUGAUAGAUAUUUAUAUUUUCACCUUCAACAAUUACAUUUAAUUGAGCUAAUAAGAACUGGAAGAAUUGAAGAAGCAUUACAAUUUGCACAAGAUCAAUUAAGUGAAGCUGGUGAAUCUGAUGAUAAUAUAUUGAGUGAACUUGAAAGAACAUUGGCUUUAUUGGCAUUUGAAGAACCUGAUAAAUCACCAUUCAGUGAUCUUCUUCUUCCUUCACAUCGACAAAAAAUUGCAAGUGAAUUAAAUACAGCAAUAUUAAAAAUGGAACACAGAGAAUCAACAAGUCCAAGAUUAAAUAAUUUAUUAAAAAUGAUACUAUGGGCACAAGAUGAGCUGGACAAAAAAAAAGUUAAAUAUCCUAAAAUGACUGAUCUUGGCAGUGCUACUAUUGAUAAUCCAAAGUAGCCAAUAAAUAUUAUUUACAGUAAAAAUAAUUAAUAUUAUAAAAUCUAUUAAUUAAAAAACGAAAAACGAAAAUAAAUAAAAAUAUCAAUCAUUUAUUAAUUUAUCCAUCAAGGCUAGUUUUAAUGUCUCGAAAAUAAUUAAAUUAUCAAUCGAAACUAGACUGGAUAUAUUUUUUUUUUCUCUUUUUUUUCGUAUUUAAAAAUUAUUAAAAAAAAAAAUAAUAUGUAUAUUUAAUAAGAUGACGAUUAAGUGGGUAUAAAAAUUAAAUAAAUAAUUGUAAUUUUGUGAAAAUAAAGAUAUAAUUAACUCACAA